CCGGCGCGGGGCGUGAGCUGGUGGGCAUCACUGCGACGGCUCAGCCAGGAGGCACCCCUGGCAGGUCAGCCUGAGGUUCUACAGCAUGAAGAAGGGUCUGUGGGAGCCCAUCUGCGGGGGCUCCCUCAUCCACCCAGAGUGGGUGCUGACCGCCGCCCACUGCCUUGGGCCGGAGGAGUUGGAGGCCUGCGUGUUUAGAGUGCAGGUCGGGCAGCUGAGGCUCUAUGAGGACGACCGGCGGACGAAGGUGGUUGAGAUCGUCCGUCACCCCCAGUACAACGAGAGCCUGUCUGCCCAGGGUGGUGCGGACAUCACCCUGCUGAAGCUGGAGGCCCCGGUGCCGCUGUCUGAGCUCAUCCACCCGGUCUCGCUCCCGUCCGCCUGCCUGGACGUGCCCUCGGGGAAGACCUGCUGGGUGACCGGCUGGGGUGUCAUUGGACGUGGAGGUCAGGAGCAGGACCACUUGGGUGGGAUGUGGAGAGAUGACCCGGAAUGUCGGUGCAGGCCUGGGCUCCAGACGCGUCCUGGAUGGCUUCCUGCCGCUGCCGAGAUGGACGGCCACAGGCCAGGUGGCUCAGAGCAGCAGGAAUGUACUAUCUCACGGCUCUGCGGGUGAAACGUCCACACUCCAGGCGUGGGCAGGGUUGGUUCCUUUCAGAGGCCCUGAGGGAGGGUCCGUUCCAUGCCUUCCCCAUGUUCCUGGGCUUGCGGUCGUGUUUCUCCAGGUUCCCCUCUCCUUCCACCUCUACGGACACUGGGUGCUGUAUUUAUGGUAUUUAUGGUGUCUCUAAUCUAACUGACCUCAUCUUAAUUCCAUCUGCAAAGGUCCUUUUCCAGAUAAGGUCACAGUGACAAGUUCUGGGGUUAUGACGUGGGGGUGCCCCCACCCACCUCCCAACAGGCACUUUGUGAGUUAACUCCAUCCUCAGCGUCACCCUCAGUUGCCUGCUGUUCCGUUUGCAGCAGAGAAACCGUGAGCUAAGGGAGGUCGGGAACUCCUGGGCCCCGCAGCGUCAGCCCCUGGAGCGAACCGUCUCAUUCCCACCACAACACAGUCCAGGGGGAGUCCUGGUCCCAUGCUUUUCCCAAAUAGUUUCUUUUUUAAAAAAUUUUUUAUUUAAAAACUUGUUUUUGAGGCAGGGUCUUGCUCUGUCACCCAGGCUGGAGUGCAAUGGUGCAAUCACAGCUCACUACAGCCUCGAACCCUCAGGAUCAAGUGAUCCUCCCACCUCAGCCUCCCGAGUGGCUGGAACCACAGGUGCGAGCCACCACACCGAGCUGAGUUUUUUUCUUUUUGUAGGGAUGGGGUUUCACUGUGUUGCCCAGGCCGGUCUCAAACUCCUGGGCUCAAGCGAUCCUCCAACCUCAGCGCUCCAAGCGUUUAAUAGCUGGGACUACCAGUGUGUGCUACCAUGCCUGGCUAAUUUUAUUUUAUUUUAUUUUUUUUGAGACAGAGUCUCUCUCUGUCAUCCAGGCUGGAGUGCAGUGGUGUGAUCUUGGCUCACUGUAACCUCCGCCUCCUGGGUUCAAGUGAUUCUCCUACCUCAGUCUCCUGAGUAGCUGGGAUUAUAGGCGUCAGCCACCAUGCUCGGCUAAUUUCUGUAUUUUUAGUAGAGAUGGGGUUUCACCAUGUUGGCCAAGCUGGUCUGGAACUCCUGGGCUCAAGUGAUCCACCCGCCUCAGCCUCCCAAAGUGCUGGGGUUACAG